ACUAACAGCAAACACGUACCCGGAAGUAGUAUCCAGUCUGUGCCUGUCGAGUAAUGUAGCUGCCUCGUGUUUGACCAGGUGGUCCGGCUUCAUAUUAGCCAAGUUUAACACAACCGGCUCCGACCAAGACUGUCAACAACUUGUGCAAACCAACCGGGUUUCUCUGUUCCGGUUCAACGGGCGCAGGUGAGCCGCUGAGCUGGGAUACAGGUGGUGUUAGUGGUCAGCUGUAGCUCGGUGUCCCCGCAAACAUGUCAGCACAGGGAGAUGGGGAUGCAGACCAGGGCGCCGUGACGCUGGGACCGCAGACUGAGGCCAUCAUCACGGUGACCAUCGGAGCCACGGUGCCCACAGGGUUUGAGCACACUGCUGCAGAUGAGGUCAAGGAGAAGAUUGGGGUUGAAGCCCGGAUCAGCAGAGACCGUGGCCGCAUUUACUUUCAAAUCACUACCGACCAGCUUUUCCAGGUACACCUCCUGAGAUCUGUGGACAACCUGUUUGUUGUGGUAGAUGAAUAUGAACACUACCAGUUCAAAGAUACAAAGGAGGAGACACUGUUGGACUUGCAGCAGCUCGCAUCCAAACUCCCCUGGACCAAUGCUCUGGAAGUGUGGAAACUAAACAACUCGCUGAAAAAGAAAAGAAGCCGUAGGAAAGGAGGAAAUGGCACUAAGGUGAAACCUGACAGUGAGGCCAUGGAUGCAGGCAUGGCUGAAGCUGAGCAGCAGCAGCCACCACAGCCGUUAUCUUCUGAAAGCCAGGCUAAAGAGGAGAGCACACCUGAGUUAGAAACCAUCGCCCAGGAGCCAGAGGAGUCGGCACCCGAGGCCAAGCUUAUCAAGUUCCGUGUGACAUGCAGCCGGGCCGGUGACAAACACAGCUUUUCCUCCAACGAGGCUGCCAGAGACUUUGGUGGUGCUGUGCAAGAAUUCUUCCAGUGGAAAGCAGACAUGACUAAGUUUGAUAUUGAGGUCUUACUGAACAUACAUAAUCAAGAGGUUGUGAUUGGCAUUGCACUGACAGAGGAGAGUCUUCAUAGGAGAACCAUCACUCACUUUGGACCCACUACUCUGCGUUCCACCCUGUGCUAUGGCAUGCUAAGGCUGUGUAAACCUCAGGCAUCAGAUAUAAUACUUGAUCCAAUGUGUGGGACUGGAGCUAUACCAUUGGAGGGGGCCCUAGAAUUUCAUAAUUCUUUCUAUAUCGCCGGUGACAACAAUGACAUGGCAGUUAGCCGCACCCUCAACAAUAUAUGUCACAUCCAAAAACGAAGAGAAGACAAAGGCAGUGUACCUGGGUUGCGCAUUGACACGGUGCAGUGGGAUCUCUGCCAUCUACCAGUAAGGACAAGCUCUGUUGACAUCAUCGUCACUGACAUGCCGUUUGGAAAGAGAAUGGGCUCUAAGAAGAAGAACUGGGACCUUUACCCCUCCUGCUUGAGAGAGAUGGCUCGAGUGUGCAGACCAGGCUCAGGGAAAGCUGUCCUGUUGACUCAGGACAAGAAAUGCUUUUCCAAGGCUUUAUCCAGGAUGGGAGGAUUGUGGAGAAAGCUGCACACUGUUUGGGUCAAUGUAGGGGGUUUACAUGCUGCAGUGUACCUGCUCAAGCGGACAGGAGCAAUGUUUGGACAAACUCCUGAGGAUGUCCAUGAACCACAAGGAAUGGCCAACACACCAGAGGAUGAAAAGUAACCGAGUGGACUAGAAGCCUUCUUAAUCCUUAUCCUGUUGGAACGGUUUUCAUGAUGGAUUUAAGAGGCUAUGUAGGAUCAAUAUAAUUUAUUCAGUAUUCCCACUUUACAGAUUUUAUUUUCCUUCAUUUUCUUUAUUCAGAUUUUUCAAACGUGCCAAACAGUUUGUUUAUCCGUUUUGUAUUGUUAACAGUUGAUUUAUGAAGGUUGUGGGGUAAAUGAAAGAGAAACUCACCUAAUGUUUAUGUUCAGCAGCAGUUUACCUUCUGUUUGAGUGUGGCUGUUCAGUUGUUCAGGAAUCUGGUGAAUGUUGUUCUUCCUCUACUCUCAGACUCAAUGUGACCUGUUGUUUUUAGAGGAACUUUAUGUUGCUUUUGGCUGUGAGAAAUAAAUGUUUCCAAAGUGUCAUAA